CGUCCCGGUCCCGCGACUAGCAGCGCUUCAGCCAGACCACCACCACCACCCGAGUCCGAGUCCCCGCGGCGCGAAUCUCGAUAUCCCGUUUCCACGCCUCCGGCCGCCGUCCACCCUACGACCCGACCCCCGAUACGAACCGUUUUCUCUCCCGUCCUCCGACGUGCCCGCGGUUCGCCCAUCACCACGACGCCUGAUUAACUUCACUGGCGACGACGACGGACCAUACCUCAACAACCCAUAUACAAAAAAAAAACGAAGAUACCUAUCCUAUAAUACAACAAAACAACAAGAACCGCCAAAAAAUGUCAUCAAAACUCCCCACCACCCUCCUCCGCCGCCCUUCGGCCCUCCCCUCCACCACCACAUACACCGCCUACUCGGCCUCUCGUCCAACGCCGCCAUCAUGCACCGCCCACGGUGCCCAAGGUCAACAAAUCCGUAACGCAACCUUUGUCCCCCGCCACCGUCGCCCUUACCAAUUCACCCAGCUGGUCCAGCUCUCCGACGGCAGCACCUUCACGGUACGCACCACCAUGCCUACGGCCCUGUACAAGAGCGCCAAGGACAGCCGCAACCACCUGCUGUGGCAACCCUCCGACAAGUCGCUCAAGAACGUCGAGCUGGACGAGGCCGGUAAGCUGGCCGCCUUCCGCGAGAGAUAUGGUCGCGGGUGGGAUCUGGAUGCGAAGAUGACGCCGGAGGAGGAGGCUGCUGCUGCUGCUGCUCUUGCGGCUGGUGGUGGUGCUGGUGUUCCUGGUGGCAAGGCUGCCAAGAAGGCGGCUGAGGAGGCGUUGUUGGCUAAGAAGAAGAAGGAGGAGGAAGAGGCCGCCAAGAAGGCUGCUGAGGCUGAAGAGGCUGAUCCCUUCGACUCUUUGACGGAUUUGAUCAGUGGGUAUGCUACGGAGAACAUGAACCCUGGGUUGAAUUUCAAGGAAACUCGUCAUUAUGGCAAGAAGAAGUAAAUGGAGGGGGUGAUUUGUUGGGCGGUGGGUGAUGGAAUGUUUGUGGGGGAGGCGUUGAGGUUAUCUUAGACUCAAGACACCCGAAGAAACCCCGAAAGAUGCCCAAGGCAUCCUGGCCGUCUGAGUGGGAAGUGGUUCACUUUCCAUUCCUUCUGACCCCUGGGACCCCUUCACCUUGUAUCUUUAUAUCGACCGUUCCGCCGCGGAGGACGAGGAUGUUUGCCCGGUCAUUGCUGCUGCUUGAUCACUUCGGAGGGUAGUGUAUCAUCAGGUGCCGCGCCAAGGCCAUCGAGGACGCGGGAAGGCAGAUCUGUACAAAUAGACAUGGAAUUUGGGAGGAGGAAUGGAAGACUCGUUUGUGGGGGCCGAGUAUCACAGAAAGUGUAUGGAUAAGAGGUUUCAAAAAUUUGAAUAUUCAGUGCGCCCAUCCCGUUUUGUUAUCAUAUGCUUGCUCCUAGCAAAUAAAUGUUAUGUACGAUACACUCGGCAUCCCUAUCAUGGACAGUACAAGCUUCUUCAAGAACUCCAAUGCACAACGUGUUGCAAUCG